AUGAUGAAGAAAAGUACACUAGAAUCAUUACCCAAUGAAUUAUUACUCAAGAUAUUUUCUUAUUUAUCAUCAUUUGAUCUUUGUCAAGCCUUUCUUGACUUAAAAAAUGUUCGUAUUCAACGUCUUCUUACUUCUAUUAGUCACUCUUUCGACGUUAGUUUAAUGCAUUAUAAUCAAUUGCGUCGAUUUCUUCUUAGCAAUAACAAUGAUUUUAUGCAUUGUUUUACUGCUUUGAUAGAUACUAUCGUACUUCGUAAUUCAUGUGCUUGUCGAAUGUUAUUUAAUCACUGGAGUGAAACUUUCCAUGAUACUCAACAAAUCAAUAUGUUCUUACCAUCAAUAAAACGACUUUUUAUUUUAAAUACCGAAUAUUAUGAAUAUGGUUUAGUCCAACCAGUUUUGAUACCUUUAGUUUUUGCUCAUAACACAUUACAAUAUUUACAUCUUGUCUUUGAACAGCCUACGAAUUCAUAUUCAUCAAUACUCUCUAAGCUUGUUCAUCAUCGGAUUUCAGUGAAUACAAUGAUAUUAGAAGUUGAAAAGGGUAUGUUAUUCAACAUAGUCUGA